GGUUUUGUGCGACACUUUACAAAACAAAGCGAGAGUGAUGUAGGAACGUGCGAUCGCUGUUGCGUUGUUGUUUAGUCGCUCAAGGGCAGCGCUAUGAAGAAGCUGUUAUGCAUAAUGUAUUUGUUUGUUGGUCUACUGGUGAUGUUAACGCUCACUGGUGUCGUCAAUGGCGUCCCCAUUCAAGUCGAAAUGAGUCAGGGAAUUCGCCUUCGUGGGGGUGUCGAUAACGCCGGCCAUGUUGAGGUGCUGCAUGCCGGACAAUGGGGCACGGUUUGCGAUGAAGAUUGGGAUAUACUUGAUGCUUACGUUGUGUGCAGACAACUGGGUUUUCCGGGCGUAGAACGUGCAUUCAGAGCGGGUACGGGAUACGGACGCAUUUGGCUGUCUAAAGUAAGGUGUACGGGUCGAGAGAAGAUGCUGAGCGAGUGUCCGCAUGCGGGAUGGGGUGAACAUUGGUGCACUCAUGCUGGAGAUGCGGGUGUCUACUGCCGCAUGAUGUCGGGCGAUGAACCGUUACCACAAGAUUCGAAUAUGGGUUUUAAAGUUCGAUUGGUAGGAAAUUCAAGGGUGAAUCGUGGGAAGGUCGAGGUGAGAGUGGCUGGGAGGUGGAGUGGUCUUUGUUCGGAUGGCUGGGACAACAGAGAUGCUACUGUAGUGUGUGGACAGUUGGGAUAUCCAGCUGGGAAAGCUAGAGUGGAUGUAAACGGUACACUGAAAAAGAUAGGCCAUCUCGCUCGAAACUUAGAGGUUACAUCCCAAGUGUCAACAAAUUUCUCCUGUGAUGGAAGUGAGGCUUUUCUUCAGAUGUGCAAGCAUGCUGGAUUUGGAUCACAUCGAUGUUAUAAGGCAGGUUUUGCUGCUGUCAAAUGUACAGCUCCUUCUCCGUAUCUUAAGACCAAAAAACACCAGUUAGAAGGAGAUGGCAUUGUCAGAUUAAGAGGCAGUCCUUAUCCAUGGGAGGGCAGGGUAGAAGUGUUUCAUGAAGGACGCUGGCAUAAAGUCUGUGAUCAUGGCUGGGACCACAGAGAUGCCACAGUUGUCUGCAGAGAACUUGGAUAUGGUUCAGCUUAUGAAGUUAUUUCUGGGGCAAAAGACUAUUUUGGUCAAGGAUUUACUCAGGUUUUGUUGAGCGAACUGGAUUGUACAGGAAAGGAGAGGAAUCUAAAGAAGUGCAAACACGAUGGUUAUUAUGAACACAGCAACUGUGGGCACGUGGAAAAUGCUGGAGUUCGAUGUCAUGCUCUUCCUAUUCGCUACCCUCCAGUUCGACUAGCUGAUGGCAACGAGAUUUACGGUAGAGUUGAAGUGAAAGUGUCGGGAUCUAAUAAAUGGGGCACUAUAUGUGCUGAUACGUGGGAUAUUGGCGCUGGAAUGGUUGUGUGUCGGCAACUCGGUCGUGGUUUUGCUUCACAGGUGUCUUAUGGAAGUAGGUAUGAAUAUGCACAGGGAGAUGUAAGAUUGAUGAAGUUGAAAUGUGGUGGUUGGGAAGAGUCACUGAGAAGUUGCAUUAAAGGCUCAUGGCAGUUGGCAUCUACAUCAGUAUGUAAGAGAGGCGUAGCUCUUGUUUCAUGUGCGGAGAGACUUCCUGAUUUGAUUCCUGAUUUUCUUGCCAUUGAGAUGUCUCUGAAUGGCACAAUCCACGAACCGCUCAACCAAGCAGCACUGUCUAGCUUGGCUUGUGCACAUGAAGAGAACUGCCUCUCCAGCUCGGCUAAUCCCUAUUUUCGGAUAGGGAAGACAUCGAGCAAUGACUACCGUACACUUCUUCGGUUUACCAUGAACAUUUUCAACUUGGGAACUGCAGAUUUUCACCCAGUAUCGUCUAGCCAUUCAUGGGAAUGGCACGCAUGUCAUAAUCAUUAUCAUUCAUUUGAGAAUUUUGCACAGUAUGAUAUUCUGGACUUGGAUGGCAAUGAGGUAGCUGAAGGUCACAAAGCCAGUUUCUGUUUGGAGGAUGUAAGUUGUGUAAGUGGUGGUACAAAGUUCUACAGAUGUCGAGCACGCAACCAGGGAAUCUCAGUCAACUGUGUGGAUGUUUAUAAGUACGACAUCGAUUGUCAAUGGAUCGACAUCACUGAUAUAGCAUAUGGAAACUACACGCUCAAAGUGGCUAUCAACCCUGACCAUUUAGGUGCCGAGAUGGAUUACACCAACAACAUAGUCAAAUGCAGCUUCCAAUACAAUUCUCAUGAUUACUUCCCAAACAGAGGACAAAUUUCUAAUGUUAGUUGCUCAGUUGUUUCCACACCUCCGACGGCGACGGCAAUGCUGUUGAAGGUGAAAGUUGUCUUUGCGUUUUUCUCUCUCCUUUUAUUGUCGAGCAUCGAUGCGGUACUCGAACAUAUCGAAUUGAGCCGCGGCAUUCGGCUGCGGGACGGGCACAGGGAAAAUAUCGGUCGUGUGGAGGUUUUGCACGCAGGACAAUGGGGCACCGUCUGCAGCAACGGCUGGACUCACGUAGACGCUUACGUGGCUUGUAGGCAGCUCGGUUUUUUGGGCGUCUUGAAUUGGUACGUCGUGUCUAGCGGAUAUGGUCCGGUCUGGUUGUCUGGGGUUGAGUGUAAGGGCCAAGAAAGUGAGCUGAGUAAGUGCAGACAUGAACCUUGGGGGAGGAAUAGGUGCGGCAAUCAUGGCAAUGAUGUCGGUCUCGUCUGUCGAGAGACUGAGAGUAAUGAGGAAGAGACGUGUAGAGGGUAUCCUGACACUCCAAUCUUAGCUAUUCGGGUGGUCGGCAAAUCGCCACACAAAGGGUUAGUUCAGAUGAGAGUGGAAGGUUCGUGGCAACCGAUUUGUGCUGAUCAAUGGGGAAGCAAAGAUGCAAAGGUUGCUUGUGGACAGUUGGGAUACCCAGGAGGGACUGCCAAGGUUGUGGCCCGAAAGAGCACAGCUCGAUUACGAGGAGUUUCCACUAAUUUCUCAUGUGAUGGAUCAGAAUCUGUUCUUCAAGUUUGCAGACAUUCUGGCUUUGGAUCGUAUCGUUGUCAAAAGCCAGCAUAUGCCUCAGUGAAAUGUACUCUUCGCAAGCAAUCUAAAAGAAACGUGGCUGUGAGAUUAAGAGGAAGUGCUUAUCCAUGGCAAGGCCGAGUUGAAGUCUAUGACAAAGGUCAAUGGAAAAAGGUUUGUGAUCAUGAGUGGGGCAUUCUGGAUGCUUCUGUUGUGUGUCGCGAGCUGGGAUAUGGCACUGCCUAUGAAGCUGUUUACAGAGCGAGAGACUACUUUGGUCAAGGUUUCUCUCCGAUUCUACUGAAUGAAGUAGGUUGUACUGGUCUUGAAAGAAGUUUGUUGCAAUGUCCGUUUUCUGGAGCUGAAUGCUUUCACAUAGAAAAUGCGGGUGUUCGAUGUCACCAUCCAGCAGCCACCACCAGUAACACAGAAAACGUUCGAUUGAUUAGUGGAGCAAAAGGUUAUGGAAGGCUAGAAGUACUGCAUGAGAAUUCUCAACAAUGGGGCACCGUGUGUGGCGACUCGUUUGAUAUUGAAAGUGGAACGGUCAUAUGUCGCCAACUCAAUUUGGGAUUUGCAGGAGAUGUUCGCUAUUCUAGUCGAUAUCAAUACAGUAGUAAAGACAUACAGUUGGUAAACUUGACAUGCGACGGUAAGGAACUCACACUGACAGCCUGCAAGAAUGGAGAGUGGGAGUAUGCAUCACAGUCGGCAUGCAAGAAGGGUCCAGUCUAUGUGACAUGCACUUGUAGACUUCCUGACUUGAUACCCCAUUUUGCAACCAUUCAACAGUCAUUGACUGGUGUAACCCAUUCACCUCUCAACUUGGUCAGAGUAUCAAGCCUGAAAUGCGCUUACGAAGAGAACUGUCUAUCUAGUUCUGCCGAUAAAUAUUUCCAUUCCGGAGAGGACAACAACGAACUCGCCAGAAACGAAAACAGACGCACUCUUCUCCGCUUCAGCGUCAACAUUUUCAACUUUGGAACCGCCGAUUUCAAACCGUUUCUACCUCGAGGCGACUGGGAAUGGCACACCUGUCACAACCACUACCAUUCGUUUGAAAACUUUGCACAGUACGAUAUCUUGGACUUACAAGGAAGAGAAGUGGCCGAAGGUCACAAGGCCAGCUUCUGCCUCGAGGACGUCCAAUGUGCAUCCGGUGGAGCCAAACGGUACAGCUGUCAGCACCACCUGCAGGGCAUUUCGGUCAACUGCUACGACUCGUAUGCCUACGAUAUCGACUGCCAGUGGAUCGACCUAACCGACGUUGCACAUGGCAACUACACGCUUGUCGUGUCCCUAAACUCUGAGCAUAAGCGAGCCGAGAUGGACUACACCAACAACAACGUGAUGUGCGAUUUCGAAUACCGUUCCGACCCAGUCUUUUAUCUUACAGGAAAGUUGGAUAACAUCCACUGUAGACUUUCUGGAUAUAGAUUUUUUCGAGAUUUUCCAGCCAAUCUAAUCAUUUCCCACCCUCACCAAGACUCUAAACGUUGCGUUUCUCGUCGACCACCUUGUGAACACAAGAGUGCGACCGCCAUGAGGUCUGUAGUUUGGUUAUCCCUGGCUACAGUCGUUGCAAGCGUUACCGUUCGACUCAUCGAUCACAACGUCCCGAGUGCGUAUCAGGGUCGCGUCGAGGUGUUCUACGAGGGCCCCGACGACAACAACCGGUCCGUGUCCGGCUGGUUCACGGUGUGUGAUGACUACUGGGACUACCGGGAGGCUCGGGUCGUGUGUCGUCAGUUGGGAUUUGUGAGCUACGACCAGGUGUACUACGGUAGUUACUUUGGGGCCGGAACGGCUCGGAUAGCGAUGGACCAGCUCGAUUGCACGGGACGCGAAGAGUCGUUACACGAGUGCAAGUUCGACGGCUGGUUUAGACACGACUGCAGACAACGGGAACAUGCGGGAGUGCGUUGCAAAGUGUCGGACCCGGCGUCUCGCGUUACGCUGCCCGUUCGUCUGGCGCAAGGAGAGCGACUCAGCGAGGGCAUCGUCGAGAUUCUGUUCCAGAAGAGGUGGGGAGCCGUCGAUAGGAGUCAUUUUGGGGACGAGAAUGCGCGCGUCGUGUGCGGCCAGUUAGGGUAUCCUAACGGCGAGGCGCGCAGUUGUAGUGAUGAUGUCGACGACUGCGGCGUUUAUGACGGGUUGGUUAAUGCGAGGGGAUUUAUUUGUAGCGGUCGGGAGGCGACGCUGUCGAAAUGUAAGCUGGUGUUGUGGGGACCGUUUGAUGACGACGAGGACGGAACGGCGCACAAUGUGUCGGACUUGGCGUAUGUGCGCUGCUCGGUUCCACUCCGCACUCCGCAUAUGCCUACUCGGGCUCGACCCUAUGGAUGCAAUGCCACCGUGGAAAAAUCGAGUAAAAAUGAUGCCGAUGUUGUUGAACCGACGCUGAGGCUCAAGGCGGGUAUUGGACCGUGGGAAGGGAGAGUGGAGGUCUACAACACGGGGUCUUGGAGUCCUCUGUGUGACCGGAAUUGGGAUCAAUACGAUGGUAAUGUCGUGUGUCGUCAGCUCGGAUAUGGUACCGCGAAGAAGGUGCAUACGUCGUCACGAUUUGGACGUGGUACAGGAUACAAUUACAAUCGGUUUUUUGAAUGUAAAGGGAACGAGUCUAAGUUGAGUGAAUGUUCUCACCAGGAUAUCGGACGGUACGGAUGUAGACACUGGCAAGAGGCGGGAGUGGAAUGCUACCGGCCUGCAAAAGCGUCCGAGCACGUUCGACUUGUCAAUACGAAACCGGUCUAUCUCGGAGUGGCCGGUUUCGUCGAGGUUCGCCACGGUUCUUGCGAUGAGUGGUACCGCGUCUGUGAUGAGAAGUGGAGUCUGUCUCAGGCCAGAGCUGUGUGUCGAGACUUGGAGUUGGGAUUUGGCAAAUCGGGUGGCUUGCAAUUGGAUAGUAGGAAGGCUACGACAGCGUCGAUUACUGUCAGCUACCGCUGCACGGGAGAUGAGCUUUUGCUGGCAGAUUGUGACCGUGAAGUACACAAGGUUGUCAGUGGAGGACACCUGUGUAAUGAGACAAUAAACUCGACCGCAAGUAGAGCGGACACUGAGGCUACGCUUGGCGAGAAUCUGGCCAACGCGUUCGACGAAGUUAGUCCUUGUGAGACUGGCUUUGCUUGGGUUGAGUGUGCAAGAAUUCUUCCUGACCUGGUUGUAGAUGUUCCGGUACUCAAACGUACCCUGGGGACUUACCCUCAUGUUGUCACUACCGGCGGUCUGCCGUGCGCCUUUGAAGAGGGCUGUUUUUCCAAGACUGCGGUUGCAUACGAAUACGGACACGACGAACGAGUCUUACUUCGUUUUGCAACUCGUGUGAUGAACCUAGGUAGGGCUCCUUUCCAACCGUAUGCACCCCGGAACAAGUGGGACUGGCACCAGUGUCACAAGCACUACCACUCGUUUAGAGCUUUCAGCAUCUACCAUGUCGUAGACGAGUGUGGCAAACCAGUGGCCGAAGGCCAUAAGGCAAGCUUUUGUCUCGAAGACAGUGACUGCGAGGAAAAUGGUCCACCAGCACGUUCUAACUUCAACUGCAGAGGACAUUAUGGAGGUCGACAGGGAAUUUCAGUCAAUUGUGCUGACACUUACCGGCACCACAUUGACUGUCAAUGGGUCGACAUCACUGAUAUAACACCGGGGAGAUAUCGCCUCGUCGUUGAUGUCAACCCGUAUCGUCACGUUGCUGAAAUCGAGUUCUCGAAUAAUGUGAUGUACUGUGACUUUCGUUAUAACGGAAAAUGGUCGUAUAUUACUGUAUAUGGGUGCGGUUUUGACCCAAACUGGAAAUCGGACGUGUAGGUAUAAACAAUGAGUUGGUUUGUUGAUUCA